AUGGCGUUAGUGACACCCGCUGACUCGAACUUUCUUCUCGCGUGCAGCAUCGAAUCCUUCGCGCCGGAGCUCUCCCGCAUCCCCACAAAAGUCAUCUACUGGCUCUUCAUCUCCUUCGACCUCUUCUGCCUCGUCCUGCAGGCCGCCGGCGGCGCACUGAGCACGACCUCCCAGGGCAGCUCCGACGUGGGCGUCGACCUCGCCAUGGCCGGCCUGGUGAUCCAGGUCGUCGUGCUGGUGGCCUUUUGCACAAUGUUCGCCGACUACAUGAUCCGCUACACGCGCUCGAGCGCCGCGCGCACGCUGACGCGCCGGGAGAAGGUCUUUUUUGGCUUCCUCGCGCUGGCGAUUGUGCUGAUCCUCGCGCGGUGCGCGUACCGUGUUGACGAGCUUAGCGAGGGGUACUCGGACUCGGACAAGAUUACCAACGAGGGGCUGUUUAUCGGGCUCGAGGGAGUUCUUAUUAUCUGCGCCGUGUUUGCGCUGUGUGUCGGCCAUCCCGGGUUGGUCUUUGGCAAGAACAAGGCGGUGAAUGGCAUGAGAAAGGGGUCGAGUGUUGAGAGUGGUGUGGAGAGUGGCAUUACGGAAACGGAGCAAAAGUGA